AUGACAUCCUUCGCGAACAAAGGACUUGCUGCCCUGUUCCUUGGCGCUGCUGUCACCGAGCCCCAACUUUGGGACAAGGUUAUCGAGACUUCCCUGGGUCCUGUCAAGGGUUACAAGUACUUCAACGAGUCAACUCUCGAGACGUACUUCAACCGCUCCGAGUCCAACAUCAUGGGAUUUCUGGGUAUUCCCUUUGCUGCAACCAGAACCGUGGGAAACCUCCGCAGCCCCGCGAGUCGUGGAACGAGACGAUCGAUGCUACUUCCUUGGGUCAUCCGUGCCCUAGCAAGGGUACAGCCAAUAUCAGCGAGGACUGCCUCAACCUCAACCUUUGCACCAAUGCUGGUAGCGCGGAUGCUAAGCUCCCUGUUAUGCCCUGGAGUCAAGGUUCUGAUGAGACUAGUAACGAUGCUUGGUGCCCAUCCUGAACUCAACGCCGAGGGCCUGAGGGCCACUGGUCAUAACACCUCAGGUAACUACGGUAUUCUCGACCAGCUGGAGGCUCCCAAGUGGAUCAAGAAGAAUAUCGCCAACUUCGGUGGUGAACCCAACCCCGUCACUAUUGCUGGUCAGUCCUUCGGCUCUUCACAGGUUUACCACGCCGUCGACAGUCCUCUAUUCAAGGCCUACUUUCACGGUGGAAUCUCCGAAUCUGGUAUCCGCUGGCCCCGCGAUCCCAUGCUGGCGGGUCUUGCCACCUCUUAUAGCAACAUGUCCGCUGCGCUCUUCCAUGGACAGAACUAUAAUCCUUUCCAUAAUGUAUCCAUCAUUGCUGAGAUGCGCGAGAAGUCAAUGGAAGGACCUUCUGAAUGGUUCCCAGGACCGUGUCAAUGGCACUUGGAUCUCAUAGAUAACCGCUCUCUCCGCAGGGUACCCAUUGAUCUUCAAGCCAGCGCUAGACGACUACGUCCUUCCCGAGAUACGAGUCCCGGCAACACCAAAGACGAGUCCGGCGCCUCCCCCUCCACCUCAUACACAUUAGAAGAAUACAAGAAAUACUGUACCCUCAAGUACGGCGGCCUUUCAACGCGCUACUUCAAGCUCUACAGCGCACAAGACAACCAGACCCUCGCUGACCACGCCUGGAACGCCGCCGCCCGUGACAUGUCGAACCAGGGGGCUUUCCACCAGUCGGAGAUCAUGUAUCCGCUCAACGCCCGGUACACCAACGCAGACACAUUCCCGUUCACUGCGAUCGAUUUCGAGAUCCAGGAGCAGAUCUCCUCGUACUGA